AGCUUUAGCUUUUCAGUCGAGACUCAGGCACUUAGACAGUCAGUCACUCGCAGGUCCAACAACUAGACGCGUUUAAAGUCGCGCUUGAAACGCACGUGCAAAAGUGCAAUCGCAGUCCGCUCGCCUACCGCUCGCUCGCUCCCUCUCUGUCGCACUCGCUCUUGCGCUGCCUCCAUCUCUGUCGCUUCCAUUGACAAAGUGUAAAGUGCAAAGCCAGCAGCGCCGACGUCGACGCAGCGGCAGCGACAGCGCCUCAGCAUCAGCUUAAAUCAACUCAGCUCGGCUCAGUCCGCCUUUUGGCCAGCGACUCAAAGUCAGUCUUGGCCGAACCUUUCAACGCAACGCAAGUGCUCCGGUUAUACGCUCCCUCGGUCCGCUCGUCGUUUUUUGUGUGAACCCCCGUGGAACGUCGACAGAUCCCAUCAAUCGGCGAUCGAGAUCCCAAGCGAUCGCGUUCGUGUCCUAAGUCUUUCGUUUGGCGAGAAGUGGAUUAUAAAACGAAACCAGCGAAACGACUGAAAUUGUGUGCAAACAUAUUUGCUCCCAGGCCAACUAGAACGCGCAUUCAAUGUGUGCCUGAAACACAUAAAAAGCACAGCCUCUCAGCCACUUGGGCAUUGCAAAAGAUUGGCCCGGCAGCGAAGUAAAAGUAAACGCUUAACAAAGUAACUAGCAUUUAGACAAAGGCAAAUAAAAACAAGCAAUAGGCGAAACAAAAGCCAACAAACCAACACCCACCUUCGCCGAAGAAAAAGCAAAUAAAAUGCUGAUAUCAACCAUUUCCACAGACUCCGCAAUGGCGGCCACAAACAACGAUGGUGGCACACAGCCGAAUGCCGUGGCGGCAUGGGGUGCUCCGGCCAAUGGACCCCGGAACACACAGGCCGCCGUAUCCGUGCGGCAUGCCUUCAAGGCGUAUGGAAAGAAGAAGAACGCCAACCAGGUGCUCAACAACCUGAACAUGACCGUGCCCAAGGGAACAAUCUAUGGUCUUCUGGGAGCCUCCGGAUGUGGCAAGACCACCCUGCUGUCCUGCAUCGUGGGUCGUCGUUACAUGGACGCCGGUGAGAUCUUUGUGCUGGGCGGCAAGCCCGGCACUAGGGGAUCAGGUGUUCCCGGAAAACGUGUGGGCUACAUGCCCCAGGAGAUCGCCCUGUACGGAGAGUUCUCCAUCCAGGAGACCAUGAUGUACUUUGGCUGGAUCUUCGGCAUGGAGACCAAGGAGAUCCUGGAGCGUCUACAGUUCCUGCUCAACUUCCUGGAUCUGCCCUCGGAGAAGCGGCUGGUCAAGAAUCUCAGUGGUGGUCAGCAGCGUCGUGUGAGUUUCGCUGUGGCCUUGAUGCACGAUCCAGAAUUGCUGAUCCUGGAUGAACCCACCGUGGGUGUGGAUCCACUGCUGCGUCAGAGCAUCUGGAAUCACCUGGUGCACAUCACCAAGGCGGGCCAAAAGACGGUCAUCAUCACCACACAUUAUAUUGAAGAGGCACGACAGGCACAUACGAUCGGUCUGAUGCGGUCGGGUCACCUGCUGGCCGAAGAGUCACCAAGUGUCCUGCUCUCCAUCUACAAGUGCAUCAGCCUGGAGGAGGUGUUCCUUAAGCUGUCCCGCAUCCAAAGCCAAAAGGGCGAUGUGACCCAUGUGAACUUCAGUAACAACAUCUCGUUGCACGCCAUGGCCUUUGGCAGCAAGAUGGACAAGCCGAGUUCCAGCCAGGAGGGCGGCGUGGUGGGCCUCAACUUCCACCAGAGCAAGGAGGUGCUGAUCAACGACAGCAAUGGCUCCAUCUACACGCUCAACCAGGAGCCCUACAGCCCGCCGCCGUCCAGGCGCAACAAUAAUCCCAAUGACGAGGAGAGCUGCCAGGACUGCUAUGCCAACCUGUGCAAGAUCACCUCCAAGGGCAAGAUCCGCGCUCUGCUCACCAAGAACAUGCUCCGCAUGUGGCGCAACGUGGGCGUCAUGCUCUUCAUCUUCGCCCUGCCCGUCAUGCAGGUGAUCCUCUUCUGCCUGGCCAUCGGACGAGAUCCCCAGGGCCUGAACCUGGCCAUAGUCAACGGAGAGAUGAACGACACGGUAAGGGAAAACUGCUAUUGGGAGGACGGAUGCCACUUCAAGAACCUGGGAUGUCGUUAUCUGAGUCAUUUGAAUACAAGCGUGGUUAAAACAUACUAUGAGGACCUGGACGAUGCCAAAGAAGCAGUGAGAAAGGGCACAGCUUGGGGGGCAGUCUACAUCAGCGAGAACUUCACGGACGCUUUUAUUGCCCGAGCCAAUCUGGGACGUGACUCCGACGACGAGACGAUCGACUCCUCCGAGGUCAAGGUCUGGCUGGACAUGUCUAACCAGCAGAUCGGCGUCAUGCUCAAUCGGGACAUCCAGCUGGCCUUCAGGGACUUUGCCAUGGGCCUUCUCGGCCAGUGCGGCAGCAAUCCAAAAUUGGGCGACGUGCCCAUUCAGUUCAGGGACCCCAUCUACGGCACCAUGAAUCCAUCGUUCACCGAUUUCGUGGCACCUGGCGUGAUCUUGACCAUUGUAUUCUUCUUGGCUGUCGCUUUGACGUCAUCGGCUUUAAUCAUUGAGCGCACUGAGGGCUUGUUGGAUCGCUCCUGGGUGGCUGGCGUCUCGCCCUUCGAGAUCCUCUUCUCGCACGUGAUCACCCAGUUCGUGGUGAUGUGCGGACAGACCACUCUGGUGCUGAUCUUCAUGCUGGUGGUGUUCGGUGUUACCAACAACGGCGAUCUCUUCUGGGUGAUCGUGCUGACCCUGCUGCAGGGCAUGUGUGGAAUGUGCUUCGGCUUCCUCAUCUCCUCGGUGUGCGAGCUGGAGAGGAAUGCCAUCCAGCUGGCGCUGGGCUCCUUCUAUCCCACCCUGCUGCUGUCUGGAGUGAUCUGGCCGAUUGAGGGCAUGCCCGUAGUGCUGAGAUACAUAUCACUGUGCCUGCCACUUACGCUGGCCACGUCUUCGCUGCGCUCCAUCCUCACACGUGGCUGGGCGAUACUGGAGUCGGAUGUGUACAUCGGCUAUGUGAGCACGCUGUCCUGGAUCGUGGGCUUCCUGGUGCUGACGCUCCUAGUGCUGCGGUCCAAGCGCGGCUAGGAUCUUCAGAUAUUACGCUACUUAUAGAUGCCUACUUUAGAACACGAUUAGUCGUCCUUGUCGUCCUAGUUAGUUUACCCCCCACUUUGGGUCUUCUUCUUACUUCCGCUUCCGAGUUUCACUUCCCCUCGUAUCUGCCCAAAUGUCAUAAAUUAUUUAAGCACAUUCGCAGCUUUCCUUAGCUUUCCGCUCGGCACUCGUUUUUCCUUAGGCUAAGUUCCGCACUUUCGUAGUUUAAAGCGUAAGGUUUAGGUACUCCUAAAUGCAAUGUUGUAAAUAUUUUGUGUCACGAAUUCAGUAAUCCGUUGCUCUAGAUGUCCAUUAUUUGCAACCUUCUGUACUAGACCUUUUCUCGAUGCCGAAACGGGCACUUUAUCACAUACAAACACAACUAAUUUUAUAUAUUUUCAAUGGACUGUGAUUGUUUUUUCUACAUAAUUCACGCGAAUACACGUAGGGCAAGCCUAAACAAAAAGAAAACACAAUGAAAAACGAACAAAAACAAUGGUGGGUUUUGUUAUUAACAUUAAGUAGCUUAAAGCAUUUUUUGUAUGGGUUUAAGUUUUUUAAGGUAAAACAUAAUUAAAUACAAUAAUGUAAACUACCCUAAACGUAAAAACGUACGUAAAAAAUAUUUCAGGAAAUAUUAUGCGCAGAGCAUAAGUAUUUCACAACGAACAAGCAUAAGAAAAUGAACAUCGAACAAGUGAAAAACGUUCUUAUUUAAGUAAAUAUUAAAGUGAACGCAGUUAUGUAUAAAUAAUAUUAAAAAGUGAAUAAAUAAAUAAAAUUCAAUUU